CAUUUUUUGACAAUUUUAUUGUCAAUUUUUAUUUAUCGAAAAAUGUAAAAUUUUGCCGUAAAUUAUUCGUUUUUUGUAUGGAAAGGAAAUGUUUAGAUUGUAAAAAUGUCACAAAAACCACUCAGAAUGUGACUAAUACAGAUAACAAGAGCACUAAUGUCGAUUUAAAACAAUUCACUAAAAAUGUUCCAUUUCUUUUGGAUAGCUUAGUUAAAGGCCACAAUAGGACAGGUAGCGACUCCAAACAGUUUUUGGCAGCUACCAAAAGAGAUGCCCUGUUGCUACUACAAAAAGAGUUGGAUAAUUUGGCAAAUACAAUCCAAGGCGUUAAGAAAGAGCAUGUCAAAAAAGAAUUCGAGGGAUUCUCGGAGCUUUUUAGAAGAUUUUUGGAUGAAUCUGGACCAUCUUUGGACUGGAACAAAAUUGAAAAACUGCCACCUGAUGCUGUCAUAGAUUACACGACUCUACAAAUUCCUACAGCCGACAUCUUGCACGAGAUGCUUAACAAAUUGGUCGUGGUCAAACUGAAUGGUGGCCUAGGUACUUCUAUGGGUUGUUACGGCCCUAAAUCUGUGAUAACUGUUCGGAACGAUCUCACAUUUCUUGAUCUAACAGUACAACAAAUAGAGCAUCUCAACAAAACAUACAAAGUCAACGUGCCAUUAGUUUUAAUGAAUUCUUUCAACACAGAUGAAGAUACAGAAAAAGUGAUUAGGAAAUACAAAAACUUAAAUAUAGAAAUUCAUACUUUUAACCAAUCUUGUUAUCCGAGAAUAAAUAGGGAUUCUCUGAUGCCCAUUGCAAAAUCAGCACAAAUAGAUGAUAACUUGGAAGCAUGGUAUCCACCUGGACACGGAGAUUUUUACUUGAGUUUUCAAAAUUCGGGUUUAUUAGAUAAAUUCGUUGCCGAAGGUAGAGAUUACUGUUUUAUAUCGAACAUAGACAAUUUAGGAGCUACAGUAGAUUUAAGAAUAUUAAAUGUAUUGCUAAACAGCAACGACAAAAAUCCCGAAUUUGUCAUGGAAGUUACUGACAAAACGAAAGCAGAUGUUAAGGGUGGUACGUUAAUACAUUACGAAAAUAGACUGAGACUGCUUGAGAUUGCGCAAGUGCCAAAGGAACACGUAGAAGAUUUCAAAUCUGUCAAAACAUUUAAGUUCUUCAACACCAAUAAUUUAUGGAUAAAAUUAUCAGCCAUUCAAAGGGUGGUACGCGAAGACAGCCUCAACCUAGAGAUCAUAGUCAACAACAAAAUCCUUGAAAAAGGCCUCAACAUCAUCCAACUAGAAACAGCCGUAGGUGCAGCUAUGAAAUCCUUCAGAAACGGAAUCGGUAUCAACGUUCCCAGAUCCAGGUUCUUGCCAGUGAAAAAAACUUCCGAUCUUCUGUUGGUUAUGAGCAACCUGUAUAACCUCAAACACGGCUCUCUUCUGAUGUCGCCUCAGAGAAUGUUCCCCACUACGCCAUUGGUCAAGCUAGGUGACAACCAUUUCUCCAAAGUACAGGAGUUUUUAAACAGGUUCGCCAAUAUACCUGAUUUGUUGGAGUUGGAUCACUUGACUGUAUCAGGAGAUGUCACUUUCGGUAGAGGAGUGUCCUUUAAAGGAACUGUUAUUAUUAUUGCCAACCAUGGAGACAGGAUCGAUAUACCUUCUGGGGCCAUCUUGGAAAACAAAAUAGUAUCUGGCAAUAUGCGUAUUUUGGAUCAUUAAAUAUAUUCUAGUCAAAUAUUAUAUUUUUAUCUACCUACUUAUCAUGGAAGAGAUAUGUACAUAUUUUUUUUCACAUUAUAUAAUUUUUUUAAAUUCUACUGUUAUUUUUUGUAAAUUUUUGUUCAUUGUGAUUUUGCUAUUUAUUGAAAAAAAAAAUUUAGCAUGGUAUUGCCAAAAAGUUUAUACACUAUUAUAUUUAUUCUUUUAUUAAAUUUAGACUUUUUCUGUUAAAUGCAUGUUUUUUAUGCAUUUUUCCUAUCUGGUAAUUAUAUUAUAUUAUUGUUAAAUAGUUAUAAAUAAAAAAGUUGAUCUACA